AUGUCGCAAAUGCUCAGGAGUGUCAAGAAUGUCACCAAAGGAUACUCGUCCGUCCAGGUCAAGGUCAGAAAUGCGACCAGCAACGACCCUUGGGGCCCAACAGGCACCGACAUGGCCGACAUCGCCAAGAUCACCUACAACAGCUCGACGGAUUUCUACGAAGUCAUGGACAUGCUCGACAAGCGCCUCAACGACAAGGGCAAGAACUGGCGCCACGUCCUGAAAUCUCUCAAGGUCCUCGACUACUGCCUCCACGAGGGCUCCGAGCUGUGUGUCACAUGGGCUCGCAAGAACAUCUACAUCAUCCGCACCCUCCGCGAGUUCAUCUACCUUGACGAGGAAGGCCGUGAUGUUGGCCAAAACAUUCGUGUCUCGGCCAAGGAGUUGACCUCUCUGAUCAUGGAUGAAGAACGCUUGCGCUCCGAACGCCAGAACAGACACUCGUGGAAGUCAAGAGUCACUGGUCUCGAGGACAUGGCUGGCGGAGGCUACGAAAGCGAAACACAAUCGACGCCGAGAAAGCAACGCGAGCGCCCCGCCAACAGAGCACGCACCGAGGAUGAAGACCUCGAGUACAGACUUGCUCUCGAGGCAAGCAAGAAUGAGGCCGAGGAAGAUGCCAGACGACGUGCCAACAAGAACAGAGGUGGCGAGGAAGACGACGACCUGGCCAAGGCGCUCAGAUUGAGCAAAGAAGAGGAAGAGGCACGCAAGCGCGAAUUCGACGAUGCAAACGCAAGUUCGCUGUUUGACGACACGCCAGCUCAGACACAGCAGCCCACUGGCUUCAACCAAGGCUACCAGCAACAGACAGCCGUCGACUGGUUCGGCAACCCCAUGGGACAGCAGCAGCCUCAAUCCACUGGUUACCUGAACAAUGCAUACAACCAGCAACCUCUCCAAGCUCAGCAGACGGCUUUCCCUCAAGACUACUCCGGCUACUACCAGCAGCCUCAAGCCACUGGCUUCGAUCAGUCUUUCCAGCAACAGCAACAGCCGCAGCAGCAGUUCCUGCAGCCUCAGGCAACCGGCUACAACCCAUGGGCUACUCAGAUGCAGCCCCAGCCCCAGCAACAGCCCCAACAAACAGCUCAACCCGGUUCCAACAAUCCUUGGGCGCUUUCGUCCCCCGCCUCGCAAGAGGCCCUACGCCCUCAGGCCACCGGCUCAAACAAUCCCUUUGCCUCUUCUUUCAACCGCCCACAGCAGACUCAACAAAGGGCUCCUACCUUGUCUGCCUUGCAAGAACAGAAAACCGCCACCCAUUUCAACCAGCCCGCAUAUAACCCAAUCACCAGCUACCAGGCCCCUCCACCCGCAGCUGCUCCUUUCCAACAACCAGCCCAGACCGCCCAGCCUGCCCAGCCUAUGGACCCUCACCGUGCACAGCUCAAUGCCCUUCUUUCCUCCGGCGAAGGCCAGGAUACUUUUGGCAACGUCGGAAACAUGCGCAUUCCCGCUCAACACACUGCUCCAGGCACUUUCGUCAACAGCGCUGGUCAAGGACUUACCAAACUCGAAGCUUCGCGCACUGGCAACAAUCCCUUUUUACAAUCUCAAUUCACUGGUAUGCCCCAGCAGCAAUUCCCUGCACAGACCGGACCUGCAAACGGAUAUGCAUCGUCCAAUCCUUUUGGCCAAAAACAGCAAGGCCCUCAACAGUCGGGCAGUCUUAUCGACCUUUGA